GGCGUCAGGGUCCGGAUUGGACCCAUGACCUACAUACCAGACGAGGUAGUUAACAUAUUGUCACCAUAUUAAAGGCUCUGGGGCUACAUGAUGGACAGUGCAGUAGAGUCAGUCUCUGCUCUCCACCGUUGGAAACCAACAUUGAAUAGCUUGAAGUAUGAUGAAACAAUCCUCACGAACCCCACAGCGUGGAGAGGCCAUCAUCCAGCAGUGUAUUAACAAAUGUGUACACUGGCCCCAAUCGUUGACAAUGUGACGGUUAUUUAAUAGUUCACAUUUUGAGAGAUACAUUUAUACAAUUACGUAAAAUAUGCCAGAAUCUCUAAAAGCUGUCCACACUUGUUUUUCCUGUAGAGAGUUACGUCGUUGCCAGGAAUUCAGUGGCACGUGGGUCGUUGCAAAGACACUUGCAGUGUCAGGUAUAUGUCAUUUCACCUUUAUUUAUUCGUAUUAUAAAUUAGAUUGAUAACAUACAGACGUUUGGCAAUCAACUGCUGGAUGAAGGGCUCCCUAUGCCUUGUUGGUUUAUGGGCGUUGUUUGUCAUGGAGUUUACAUUUAACUCACUGAUAAUCAAACUCGGGUUUCCAAGUUUGUGGCACACUGCACCGCCGUUCCCAACCAAAUUCAUCUAUAGUUAGUACCGUAGAGUGGUUGGCAUGGACCCGAGUGUAAGGAAUGAAACGGGGCCCUGUCUUACAUGCACUCCUCAUUGCCUGGGCUUCUUUGGCCCAUAAGCCCCAGUACAGUUACACUGCCUGUACACUCAAUACUUACUCCGCUGACUGUGGUAACACGACCGCGAUGCUCCACGUUUUCCCCAGUCGUGUCGCGUUUAACUUAGCCACUUUGCAUUACAACUCUACAAGGCUUGGACUUUUAAAUAACAUGGAUCAAUUUGUAGGGCUCACAUCUUUAAGGAACAGAAUGCUCCCCUCAGGUGGAGCAUGAUUGUAAAUAUAACUAAGUGGGAAAUCUUGAGGUCUGACGGCAAUAGAUUACUUUGAGGAAUCCAAUUAUAUAUUUUUUUCUUGGGUUAGAUCGAGUGAGUACAAUGUGUGUCAGGUAACCCCCUCAACCUGCCACAAUUGACUACAUACAGCCGUCACGUGAACAAACACACCGUUUUUAAUUGCUUCAGCACACCGUGAUGUCAAAGAGCAAUCCAUACCAUUUAACAAUUACAAUUAGGCUGGUAAUUACUGUACAUCCAGCGCCAUCUGGUGAUUGUCAGCGUUAAACUCCUUCGAUGAAAGUUCAUUUACCCCUUCUGCCUCCGCCAAUGAUUUGAUGAAGAAUAAAAAAAAAUCACGAUAAUUAUUGCAUUUUUACUAUCAUUGUGUUAUCACAAUAAUACGACACUGAUUACGUCUAUGACACCGUAUUUAAGGAGGGUACACGAGGCAUGAAUAAUUGUUUGUGAGUGCCAGUUUUUGGGCAGUUGUGGUGUGAACAGCAGUGACGCCGCAUGCAUCUGCUAUGACAGCACCUUGUGUUUUUGUGGGCACCUAGCAUGCCCCGUCAUACCUAUUAAGUUGUAAAUAAUAACGAGAAUUAUUUGUUUUAAUAUCGCGCCCCUUUAGGGCGAGGCGGCUUCUCAAUAGGCGCUUUACAAGUAAACAACUCACGUCUCAUCUCAAAUCUCGCCUCGAAUAUUUGAAAGGGCCCCCCCCCUAGUGGCAGAGUCGUCCACGUGGGCACAAAAGUGACUCGGCAUCUGGCCUGCAACCAGCCCUAAGUCGUGUCGGUAGGGGGCGAUCAUGCUAUCUGUACUCGUGCCAAUUCAAUAAUAACAACGACCUACUCGUUUCGAAUGACGCCAAAAUGAUGUUGAACGUCCACCGUGACACAGACGGUGUGUACCUAAUGGUUGCUAAACCCGCAGGAAUAACCAGGGCAGCCGUCAAGGCUUGAACAAGGAACCUCUGCAACGAGUGGCGACCACGCUUACCGCUGAGACCAAUGUUGCCAACCCGGUUGUCAAAUGUACAAAUGGGGGUCACCAACGUCAAAUGCUGGACUAUUGCAAAUGAUCGAGCGGAUCUGCAGCAGCAGGCCUGGUAAACUGAAUCAGCCGAAUUACUUUGUCGAAGCUAAAAAUGACGUCUAAUGAUAUCGACCGAAUUUGUAACAGAAAAAAAAUAUCGUUACCUUUCAAACGACACAUCAUUCAUUUAAAUUGGUGGAGCGUUGCAGGAGGUCUUCUCCGGAUAAACAUACCAACCAAUGAAGAUCAUUAUUCACUUCGUCUUAUGGCUGACACUGUUGGAGAGUAACAACUAUUAUUUGACAGCGAGGUGAUUGAGCUUGAUCAAUGCGGCAGGAGUAGCGGAGUUCAUCGCUGUGACGCCUCCUUCUUCAUAUUUGUAAAUUGGGCAUUGUUGUGUCGUUCUAUGUUUCUUGGUUUGUUCUGGAUGACCGCAUAAUGGAUGGGUCUCAUUAAUACCGUUUGGAAAACACCAACAGCACUUGUUUAGCACAGUCUAACUGCUGAUGAUACCAAAAAUGUCUUAACCAAUCCAACGUUUUAUUGUUCACCACACAUGCUGCUGCAUAAUAUUGUCUGGAAAGCCUACAGGGUCAUAGACUUAAAACCAUUGUAUGAGCUCCAUAUUUAUUUUAGCAUUUUGAUAUACUGUAUUGACUAGAUACCAUGCGAUUGCUUGUAUCUGCCAAAUCAUCGGCUUGGUCAACUGCUAUUUGCUAAAGUUUGGCAAAAUUGGUGACCUCAAAAAUGUGGGCCCUGAGGGCUAUAAUUCAAAGAUGCUGCUUAAUUAUGGACAUAGGGCACAGCGUGUAUGCACACACCACAGUGAGUGAAAAACAAAAUUGCAUGUAGAGAUGUGACACUCAAACUGUAUUGGUUGAUGCUGAAGUUAGUUCCGGUCGUGUUAAAAUUAGCUUUCUCCUAAAAAUACUCGCUUCCAUCUGGCAACUGCACUAUGUCCUGCAGCGAGAUCUCCGAUGGGCACAGGAUUCGGUUGCUUUGUCAGGUUUUCUUUUCUUUUAUAAAAUCGUCAAUGUGUUGAAAAUUCAGUAUGCAAAAAAUGUUGCAGCUUUAGACCAUAAAAAUACAAGUUUAUAAUGAGUCACCCUUGCUCAUUCACUAACAGCUGUGUAAUUUACUAUUGUAUUAGAUUAUUGCAUGAUUUGCAAUGUAUGUAUGUUGAACGUCUUUCGUACCUUACAUAGCCAAUCGUGCUAAUAUCUAACGAUGAUUUUUUAUGCUAACAAACCAGCCUCAUUAUUCACCAACUGGUGCUGCUCAUGCAUCAAUUGGUCUCAUAAUGUUGUCACAUGCGAGUUCUACAUUUUAUGCAUGUUACAGUUGCUCGGUGCACUUGGCUAUCAUGUGCGAUGUACCACGAAUGUGCUGCAAUCCAGUGACAUUGCUACACGUCCUGAACUGUACUUUUCAUACAGCUCCAGCAAACACGAGUUUGUAAUCGUCCGACUCUUGCACAAGUAGCGGCGUACAAGCCAGGCCACAAAAACAAACGAUGCACAUUAAAGGUUUCGUAAUAAUGCAUCUUUCAUUUUCCACGGAACACGUCAUACUUGUCUUUAGCGUGAGUGCUUUCACAAAGCUGCGCGCGUCUUUUGGACGUUUCGCCAAAGCGCAAAUGGGGGGGGGGGGGGGGGGGGGUAGCUGUGGUGCUGAUUAUAACUAAAAAUUAUUGGUGACAUGCAACACACUUGAUGUUCAAAACAGCAGCAGUAAAACUCCGUCUAUGGCAAAUGUGGCAAUGGAGGUGACGGGGUCACACGCUCACUAAAAAAAAAACUCCCCACGCAGGGCCGCGCGCUCCCUGUUCUCAACUUGUCGUCUCACGUCGCCACCGCGGCUCGCUUCUUAAGAGCUUAACUAAGAGAGAGGAACUGUUUACAAGUCGAAGCCGAGGCAUCUUAGGCAUGAUGAAGGUCUGCCGUCUGCUGGGCUGGCUGGCGUGGAGUUUCGCCCCACUCGUCCUCGUCGCGGACGGACAUGCCACGAGGAAACGCUCGGCAGAGAUUCCCCGGGGGACAACCAGAGACCUGAAGAAGAUUUUCGUUGGCAGAUGCUACGAUUACAUUCGUGUUAUUAAUCCUGCCUUACGGGACAAGAACUGUGAGCAGAUGUGGGAAGCAUUCUACAAUGGAUUCAAAGGCAAACAGCCAUGCGAGGUCACCAUGGACAGCUACAACCAGUUUGUUGCGCUGGCAAGCCAUCCUUUGCCAAAAGACAAGGAAAUUUUCUGGAGCGGGACAAAUGCAUUGGUGCACAAGUAUUCAGGGGCGAGGCUGUUAACUCUCGAGGAUUCCCUGGCUGGUUACAUCGCCAACAACCUCAACUGGUGCCCAAUCGCUGGCAAUCCAGAUCUGGAUUACACUUCCUGCCCUGGCUAUUCCGAGUGUGACAAUAAUGCUGUCAAAUCUUUCUGGAUCAUGGCCUCCAAAUCGUUUGCGCAGAAUGUUCGUGGAGUUGUUCGAGUGAUGCUUAACGGAUCCAGGGAGGGUGGUGCAUUCUAUUCAGGCAGUAUCUUUGGAACUAUUGAGCUGCCAAAUCUCCCGAAAGACAACGUCUCUGAAAUCCAUCUUUGGAUUAUUGAUACAUUGAAUGGACCUGAUAGGGAGUCAUGUGGUGUUGGCUCUGUGGCUCAUCUGGAAGCUCGCCUAAAGGAACAUGGAUUCAAGUACAGCUGUUUUGAUAACUGCAAAUCUGUGCUCCAUAUGCAGUGCGUGGAUCUGCCCAACAUUCCCAUCUGCCAAUUUGCAAACAACGACUCCUCGCCGGGUAACUCGGCCACCAUGCUGUCCUCACCGCUGAACGCACUCGUGGCGCGUAUCCGCCGCCUUGUGGUGCCCAUGUAAGGCGGUGGCGAGGAUGGAAAGCUGCCACAAAUGUUGGCGUUGGUUGAUUACACCGGGCACGAGUCAUUUUAAAGUUCCGGAGGAGAUUGAUGGAAGAACAAAAAACAACCGAGCUUCAUGUGCAGGUGAUGGUCGUGGGAGGUUGUAACUGCUUAGGGAGGCCUACAUCCAGCAUCAUCACAAUCCAUGGGCAGAUAUCCCGUAGAUGUCCACUCCACAUUUCGUCAUUUGUUUCCACUUUCUUCUGUCUUGUGCCAAUAUGUUCAAGUAGUGCUACAUCUUCAACCGGCAGGGUAGUGCUAUUUGGGCAAUUUACGAGUGGUACUGUGUCAGGCCUGCUUUGCUUUCAUCCAUUUCCAUUCAACUGCCAUCCCUCACUCAAUUAAGACAUAUUUUGGAGUUUCUCAUGUAUUAGAUGAUUGGUUCUUAACCUGGGGUGCAUGCACCUCAUGGGGGGUGCACGAUGAGAACCAAAGUGAUGCAGUCUUCAGUGAAGGUUGAAUACUACUGUAUUAUAUGAAGAGCGGAGACUUGAUGUGUACAUUAAUAAACGCAACAUUUAGGUGUAUUAAAGGGAGUUAGUUUUUUAUAACCUUAUGCUCUAAUCAAAUUGCAGAAUGGAGGGCAACUAACACUGCAUUUAUUCGUUAUCCCCUCUUUGUGGCAACUGGCAAAUCUCAUGCGUGCACAUUCCCCAAAAACAAAGGUGGAACGCCCAUGACAGUAUUGAAUAAAAACAUUACUUUUUGUUGUCCAAUUAAACAUUCCAUUGCAAAGUGUUACCCAAAUAUAAUGCAGUAUAGCAAUGGAACAAAUCAAUAACAUAUUACAGCACAAAUGAAUACAUCUAAUGCUAGGCUGUUCAUAAUGUAAUCCUUUGCAAUGAGUGUAUGAUAACCUAUUCAAUGCAAUGUGAUAAUCUCUAUGUCAUUGUAGUAUUUUCAUGAUACUCUGGUAAUUAUUGUGAGAUUCGGCUGUCAAGAGGCGGGAGUGUAGCCAUGUUGGUGUGAUUUGACGGUGUUUUUCUGAUGUCCAUGCUCUUGCUGAUAUCAAAGUUUUGGUUUUCUCUAUGGGUUGAAAUAAAAGCUGAUAACUUAAAUAAACGCAUAUCUACAAAAUACGA